AAGGAUGCGCACUGGCUAGGUCGUUACAUGAAGCGUUCAAAAAUCAAGUCUACGAACAAUUAAAGGCAAAAGAGCGCACUGCAUAGUAGAGAUAGCCUCUGAAACUCAAAAGGUUCCAUUGUCUGCAGGUACUGCGGACCAUGAGAACGUCAGUGACAAAAAUAUUACAAGCGGCAGACUAGUUACAAGCAGAAAAAUAGACCGACUUCAGGUUGCAUUUUAUCCGCCGUUUAGAUUGAACCAUCAGAGAAUUCUAGGCUGUCGUCGUGGCUGCUUGACUGCUAUUAUGCAGUGAGCUAGGCGAGGCUUGCAAACUGUGCAUCGAGGCGGGGGCCAAAGUCCAUUUCUCAACGCCAAGCUAAACCUGGCUUAUGUCAUCAAUUGCAGUUAUGAUGCCGUGUCAGACUCGUAGUCGUAUGAUCACUUUCGACCAUGCUGGACCACUGUUCAAUCUCGCACAAAGGAGGUAUUGUGUUAUGGUCACGUUCCUUUACCCCAGAAGCAUCUCACUUGGCUUCUUCUCCCUCGUCUCCCGUAAAUUCUCUCAUACGUGAAGCCUUAAUCGAAGGGCGGACAGCUGAGGAGAAAUACGAGAAGGAUGGAUAUGCAGUGAAGUGGACAUUCUUUAAUGAUCUAGAGCUAAUUUUUGUGGUUGCAUAUCACCGCAUCCUUCAACUAACUUAUGUGGAUGAUCUCCUAGCUGCGCUUAAAGCACUGUUUAUAAAACUAUUCGAGCCAUUCCUGGCUACUUUCGUUGCUUCGCUGCACGCAAUAAAAAGCGGGAAACUCGUGUCAGCUGCUGCGCGCGACUCUCUCAAAGCGUGGAACUUUGCAAAAGCGUUUGAAGGCUGGGAUGGUGUCUUCGACAAGCUCUUGAAGGGAUUCGAAGACAAAGCUGCCCAGGAGCGGAAGUCUCGCUAUAGACAAGUGGCUCCAGCUCUGCCCGACUCCAGUCCUCCUUCCGAUGACCUCAGUACGGUUCCUUCCGAAUCGUCGAUUGCAGUGCAGGAUGAGCAACAGAUAGCUCGGAACGUACAAGCACUCAAGAAUAGACUGCGUGGCCGGGGUGGCCGGAGGGGAGGACGAGGUGCGACGAGGGUGGACUCGGGAAGUGGCUGGGACAGCAUGCCAGCUUCAGACUCCGAGUCAACGAGCAAAAGGGCGAAAGGAAAGGCUCAGCGGAAAUGGGGUGAUUCCGCCCCGUCCGAAACAGAAAUGGCAUCUUUAGACUUUAGCAUCGACAAGCCUGACUCCGGCACAAAUGGUCAUUUAUCGCACGACCUGCAAGCCCUCGUAGACAAAGCUUCUCUCGGAACUAGGACAAGGGAUGGUUUAUAUGAGGUCAAAGAUUGGGACUUUGGUGGAAGGGACGAUGAGGCGAAUGGUGCUAUCACUCGUGCUUUGAAGAACGAGGGCGCAAAGCAGCCAACAGGCUCAUUGGGCGCUCUGAGUUCUUUGUUCUCACGUUUGACAGGCUCCAAAGUUUUAACCGAACAGGACUUGAAGCCUGUAUUGGAGGGGAUGAAACAACACCUUAUGAAGAAAAAUGUCGCCAUGGAAAUUGCGGACAAGGUCUGCGAAGGUGUCGGUGAGACUCUUGUGGGGAAGAAAGUGGGAGGAUUCCAAACCACCAGCAAUGCAGUUCGGACAGCACUGUCGUCCUCGCUCACGCGUAUUCUAACGCCAAAGACCUCAACUGACCUGUUGUUGUCGAUUAGGACUAAACUUUCUUCUCCACUACCUUCCGCUCAACAAAGGAUGCCCUAUAGCAUCACCUUUGUGGGUGUGAACGGCGUAGGAAAGAGCACAAACUUAUCGAAAGUCUGUUUCUGGCUCAUCCAGAAUGGUAUGCGAGUGCUUAUUGCAGCCUGUGACACUUUCCGGAGCGGCGCGGUCGAACAGCUUCGCGUACAUGUGCGCAAUCUUUCUAUGCUUGGCGUCAACGGCGCAACGAAUAGCAAAGGCCGUGUCGAGCUUUAUGAGAAAGGGUAUGGGAAGGAUGCUGCGGGCAUCGCCAAAGAAGCCAUCGCAUAUGCCAAAGAUAACGACUUUGAUGUCGUCUUAAUCGACACAGCUGGGCGCAUGCAAGACAACGAGCCCCUUAUGCGUGCACUUGCUAAGCUUGUCUCUGCGAAUAACCCAGACAAGAUCAUCUUUGUUGGCGAGGCGCUCGUUGGCAAUGAGGCAGUCGACCAGCUUACUAAGUUCGACCGCGCCCUUCGCGACUUCUCGUCUGCAUCCGGCUCAGGCAAAGGGCGUGGCAUCGACGGUAUGCUAGUGACCAAAUGGGACACAGUGGAUGACAAGGUUGGUGCGGCGCUCUCGAUGACAUAUGUGACAGGCCAGCCAAUUAUUUUUGUCGGAUGUGGUCAGACAUAUACGGACCUCCGCCAGCUGAGAGUUGCGAACGUUGUACAGGCGAUACUAAGCGAUUGAUAUAUUUGAUAUAAUUUUGCUAUCUACUUGCUCUCUAUAUUGGAUGAAUACCAGUGUCGAAAAAUGAUGCGGCUGGCAAACGUACGCUAGCUUUGUGAUGAGUCGAAACUCAAUCUUUUUUCUUCAUGCAUCAGCUCGAGAGACCCCGUAGGUACUAUGUAGCGGUCACCGAUGCUGUCCGACAACCCCUGUGCUAUAUACCUAUUCUGAUUCAGGUCUACUGACUACAUUCAUUAAUUUAUUCGUUUUUACAAUUCC